ACAGUUAACAUCGUUCGGCGGAACAAAAUUUAAGUGGCUUUAAUUUUUGGGCAAAGAAAAAAAAUAGUUAAAAAUAUUUCUUCCUGAUUUGUUUUUCUUCCAAAUUUGUAAAAGUUUUUUUUUUUUUGACUACCAACGUUCCCGAAAUGUCGAACGCAUUCUCCUACUGGAAUGGCCAACCCGUGAAUGCGCCCGUCUAUCCGCAGAUGGGUGACCUGAUGCAGCAGACGACCGCUGGAGGCGCAGCAGCAGCAGCAGCAGCAGCAGGACAAGGACAAGGUGCUGGUUCUGGGCCAGGAGGACUAGGCGGAUGGCCCGGCCAGGCAGCAUCUGCGGCUCAGUCUCCAGCCCAGUCUCUUCAUCCCUUUGCCGCCGGAGGUGCGGGCAUGGGGGCCGGCGUUGGCGGCGGCGUUGGAGCCCACCGCGGCAUGUCCAUGGCUAAUUCCCAGCAAAUGGGCAUGGGCGACUAUUCAAACAUCAGCUCGCCGCUCACCUGCAACGUGCCCACCGACUUCUUUAGCCAAGGACCAUCUGGUCCAUUUGAGCCCUGUAUCGACAAUGGCGAAGCAUUCUGCGCCUACAACGGCAUGGAUAUGAGCAUGAACUACGGCGGUGGCGGUGCAUCCAAGGGUGGCUUCUGGUAGAGGGCUGCAAUAUGGCCUUUAUAACACCACACGAUCUGCCGUUAGUACACUCUCCACUUUCCACAAUCACAGCAGCAGCAGCAUUAAAAGAGUCCACAGUCGCAUCCAAAAUUUUAUACACAGCGCAUAGGUACGAGCACAUCUGCUCCACACGACUACACUUCACACCACUCCACUCUGCUCUCUACCCAUCGUCAUCCAUGAGAAAGUACGUUUGUCCGUUGGUGGAGCAAUAUAUAUAUCAAUGAGUACAGA